AUGCGGAAACGUCUGAUCCAAGUGAGCGGCUUCCUGAUCACCACGCUGGGGUGGCUCUUUGUGCUGUGCACCAUGGCCAUGGACUUCUGGAGGAUCUCCCAGAUCGGAGGCCAGGGCGGCUCGUUCAUCAUCAAGGUGGCCUGGUACUGGUCCAACCUGUGGAAGGACUGCUUCACCGACUCCACGGCCGUCACCAACUGCAGAGACUUCUCCGUGCUCUGGGGUGUCACACCGUACGUCCAGGGCGUCCGAGGCUUGCUGAUGUGCGGGCUCACUCUGGGGUUCUUGGCCGCCAUCUUGUGCUUCCUGGGCAUGGAGUGCACGUACCUGGGCGGCGACGAGCCGAGCAAGGACAAGAUGCUUUUCGCCGGCGCGGUUUUUCACUUCGUAGGCGGGCUGUCCGAUAUCACGGCCUACUGCUUGUACAUCAACAGGGUUGCCAGGAACUUCUUUGCUCCCAACUUAGCACCUGGAGUCUUACGGUACGACUUGGGUCCUCCCAUAUUCCUCGGAUUGGUUGGAUGUUUUCUCAUCCUCACAGGAUCUCUUUUUUAUGCAGCCACCGUGUUCAGAGUCCUCAUACCCAAACGUCAAGUCAUUUACGCCUACAGAGGGGGCACGUACAUGGACCCCCGCUCGCGAGGUAGAACCGCGUACACCGGCUACUACGGACCCAACAGGCUGUACGGAACUUAUUACGGCUCGGGAAGAUCCGGCAGCUCCAAAAUAUCCAAACUCUCUGCCACGACACCGGAGAGGUUCUCUGAAAGGGACGCCUUUGUGUAAUCGCUGGAAAAUGCUUGCGGGCUACUCUGAAAAGAACUACCAAAUUUAAUGAUGAAUGUGAAUCAAAAUUCCCACACAAACAAACAGUCCAUACGUGACAUAAAAUGUGAGCUCCUCAUAUUACAUUCUCAUGAAAUUGCAUACUUCUUGGGGUGAUCAUCUGAAUUCAUUUUCCUGAAUUUAGACAUUUUGUUGAAACAUUAAU